AUGUCGGGCAGAGGGCCUCCCGCCCUGGAGAGGAGCGGCAGGCGGACAGGCGAGGCUAAGGCUGCAGCACAGGCCUCCGACAGCAUCAGUGUGCGGGGAGUCUCCUACACCGUCAGAGAACGUGUUGGCCCGUGGUGGAACGUUUCUUUAUAUCAUAAAAAGUGGACCCGGCAAAUACUUAAGGAUGUUUCAUUUCACAUAGAGAGUGGCCAGAUUAUGGGGAUUUUAGGAAAUUCUGGAUCUGGGAAAACAACACUUCUGGAUGCAAUAUCAGGAAGACUGGGACAUAAGGACAACUUCUUGGGAGAAGUGUAUGUGAACGGGCGUCAGCUGAAGAAGGAACAGUUUAGAGAUUGCUUCUCUUAUGUGCCACAGAGUGACACUUUGUUAAGCUUCCUCACCAUACAAGAGUCUCUGACCUACACUGCUUUACUAACUCUUCAGAAAUGCUCGGAUGACUUCAUCAAAAAGAAGGUAGAUGCGGUUAUGGCUGAGCUGAGUCUCAGCCACAUUGCUGACAAAAUAAUUGGAAGCCGUAUUUUCGUAGGAAUUUCUGGGGGUGAGCGGCGUCGUGUUUCAAUUGCAGCCCAGCUAUUACAAGAUCCCAAGGUCAUGCUGCUUGAUGAGCCAACAACAGGGCUGGACUGCCUGACCGCAAACCAGAUUGUCUCGCUGCUUUCAGAGCUUGCACACAGAGACAGGAUUGUGAUUAUUACGAUUCACCAGCCUCGCUCAGAACUCUUCAGGUUAUUUGAUAAAAUAGCCAUCAUGAGCUUUGGAGAAAUGGUUUUCUGCGGGAACCCUAUGGAAAUGAUCACGUUUUUUAGUGACUGUGGCUAUUCUUGUCCUGAGCAAUCAAAUCCUUUUGACUUCUAUGUGGAUCUGACAUCUGUGGACACCCGAAGCAAGGAACGUGAACUCGAAACCUACAGUAGGGUCCAGGUAAUUGUAUCAGCCUACAAAAACUCAGAGAUCUUCAGCAAAGUGCAGGCAGCCAUUGAAAGAACAAAGUGUAUGAAAGAGCUGCCACCAAUACCAUUCAAAAACAAAGACUCACCCAGUGCCAUUUACAAAUUAUGGAUUCUUUUACGGAGGACAACAAGAAACUUCUCCAGAGAUAAGAUGGGCAUCAUCAUGCGUCUCCUCCAGAAUCUGUUAUUUGGCUUGUUUGUAGCGUUUUUCCUUCUUAGACUGAGGAACGACUUGGUAAAAGGAGCUGUGCAGGACCGUGUGGGGCUGGUCUACCAGUGCGUGAGUGCCCCCCCCUACACAGGGAUGCUCAAUGCUGUCGCCCUUUUCCCACCUUUACGUGCUAUCAGUGACCAAGAGAGUAAAGAUGGCUUGUAUAAGAAGUGGCAAAUGCUUUUAGCUUAUAUAGUGCAUUUCCUGCCCUUCAGUGUCAUCAGCGUGGCGAUCUUCAGCACCUUUAUAUACUGGACUGCGGGGUUAUAUCCUGAUGCUUCCAGAUUUGGAGUUUUCUUCGCUGUUGUCUUAGCGUCUCAUGUAAUUGGUGAACUACUAACACUUGUUAUGCUUGGCGUGGUUCAGAACCCAAACAUAGUCCAAAGUGGAGUGGUGCUACUGAAUUCAGCAGGUGUCAUAGUGGGCACUGGACUUGUAAGGACCAUCGAAGAAAUGCCGACACCUUUUAAAAUACUGAGUUACGUCACCUUUCAGAAAUACAGCAGUGAAGUUCUUAUCGUCAAUGAAUUUUAUGGCUUAAACUUCACGUGUGGCGGUGCCAACAGUUCCACUGCAACCAACGCUGCCGCCUGUGUCUUCUCCCACGGCAUCCAGUUCAUUGAAAAAAACUUCCCAGGUGCCUUGUCCCGCUUCACAACCGAUUUCCUCAUACUCUACGCCUUCCUCCCGGGACUUGCCAUUAUAGCAAUCCUGAGCUUCAAAGUAAGAGACGGAAUUCUUGGCAGGCAAUAA